ACGAGACAUGGCAUUUCUCCGGAGAGAGCGGAUUCUUUCUCUCCCUGUCUCUUUCUCGUCGCCCGCGCAUUUGGGGAUCAAGUUCAUGAGGUGUGGCAUCUGAUUUGGCGAGAUAAAUCGACGCCAGCUUCACCUGUUUAUCAGAUCCAGAGCUGGAGUGGUGUUUCCCCCUUUCCUCCGCGGAUUUAAGCGAAUCUUUUUUCGCUCUUCGUCCUUUCUGUUCCUCGGUAAAGGGGAGCUGAGGGGAGGGUUCGAUGGAGGGAUCUUCCGGGGAGCCCGCGGCUGAGUUGCCGAUCGCUAAGUGGAGGAGGGACUUCUCGGUGGCGUUCCAGUACUACCUGGACAGAUCGACCCCGCAUCCCGUUGGGAGGUGGCUCGGCACGCUCGCCGUUGCCGUGAUCUACUCGCUCCGCGUCUACUUUGUCCAGGGCUUCUACAUCGUGUCCUACGGGCUUGGCAUCUACGUGCUCAACCUGUUGAUUGGAUUCCUUUCGCCCAAGGAGGAUCCGGAGCUAGAAGUUCUCGACGGGGCGUCACUGCCAACCAAGGGUUCCGACGAGUUCAGGCCCUUCAUUCGCCGUCUCCCCGAGUUCAAGUUUUGGUACGCCAUAACAAAGGCAUUCUUUAUUGCUUUUGUUAUGACUUUCUUCUCAGUGUUUGAUGUUCCAGUAUUCUGGCCUAUAUUGUUGUGUUACUGGAUAGUGCUUUUUGUCCUGACCAUGAAGCGUCAGAUUCUACACAUGAUCAAGUACAAGUACGUUCCAUUUAGCGUUGGGAAACAGAGGUACACUGGAAAGAAGCCUUCUAGCAGCACUGGAUCAUCCAAAGAUUGAUGUUACCGUAGGAAUUCAGCAGAAGCUCUUCUUAAGUGCUUGGUCACAGUCCAUCAAUUUGUCCCAGAAUUCAUCCAUACGUUAAGAUUGGGGCUAGUUUCCUGUCCAUUUGAUGAUUCAUUUUAAUAUUGUGUUUGUGCUAUCGGUCAUUAAGUCUUUUCGAUAUCUGUUGUAAGACAUCUGAAAAGUUUACUGUAGCGUUAUCUGUAAGAUCACAUGUUUGCCUACGAUGCUUGGAAUAGGCCGCACCGGUUCUUCAUGUAUGUCUCCCGUCACGUGCUCCUUGCUUUGCCAACCAAGUUUCUCAAGUAAAUCUAGAGAUAAAUUGUUUCUUAA